UGUUGUGAGCGGAAGUCGGGGAGCGCGCGGCUGCUGCUGGCUGCUGUUCUGCUGGGAGCGGGCGCGGGAACCGGCGGCGGGGGGCGGAGCUGUAGUCCCCGCGGCGGAAGGAGGAGAGGAAGAAAGGGGCGAGACCCGGUGCCGGGCAGCGGCGCGAGGCUCUCGCUUGGCGCGCGGGCGUCUCCAACUGGGCGCGCGUUGUUCGAGGGUCGGUGUCUACGCCGAGCCCUCUCCCGGGCAGUCGCUGCUGCUGCUGCUAUUGCUGCUGCUGCUGCCACCGCCGCUGCGGUGGGGCUCGGGCGGCGACUGAGUGGGGCCGGCCGCGGGGCGGGCGGGGAGGGAGGAGGCGGUGAAAGCGGCGGGCCGGGGGGGAAGAUGCCGCUGGCGCAGCUGGCGGACCCGUGGCAGAAGAUGGCUGUGGAGAGCCCGUCGGACAGCGCAGAGAAUGGACAGCAAAUUAUGGAUGAACCUAUGGGAGAGGAGGAGAUUAAUCCACAAACUGAGGAAGGCAGUAUCAAAGAAAUUGCGAUCACACAUCAUGUAAAGGAAGGACAUGAAAAGGCAGAUCCUUCCCAAUUUGAACUUUUAAAAGUAUUAGGGCAGGGAUCAUUUGGAAAGGUUUUCUUAGUCAAAAAAAUCUCAGGCUCUGAUGCUAGACAGCUUUAUGCCAUGAAAGUACUGAAGAAGGCCACGCUGAAAGUUCGAGACCGUGUUCGAACAAAAAUGGAACGGGAUAUCUUGGUAGAAGUUAAUCAUCCUUUUAUUGUCAAGUUGCAUUAUGCUUUCCAAACUGAAGGGAAGUUGUACCUUAUUUUGGAUUUUCUCAGGGGAGGAGAUUUGUUUACACGCUUAUCCAAAGAGGUGAUGUUCACAGAAGAAGAUGUCAAAUUCUACUUGGCUGAACUUGCACUUGCUUUAGACCAUCUACAUAGCCUGGGAAUAAUCUAUAGAGACUUAAAACCAGAAAACAUACUUCUUGAUGAAGAAGGUCACAUCAAAUUAACAGAUUUUGGCCUGAGUAAGGAGUCUAUUGACCAUGAGAAGAAGGCAUAUUCUUUUUGUGGAACUGUGGAAUAUAUGGCUCCAGAAGUAGUUAAUCGUCGAGGUCAUACUCAGAGUGCAGACUGGUGGUCUUUUGGUGUGUUAAUGUUUGAGAUGCUCACUGGUACACUGCCUUUCCAAGGAAAAGAUCGAAAAGAAACAAUGACUAUGAUCCUUAAAGCUAAGCUUGGAAUGCCACAGUUUUUGAGUCCUGAAGCCCAGAGUCUUUUACGAAUGCUUUUCAAACGAAAUCCUGCAAACAGAUUAGGUGCAGGACCAGAUGGAGUUGAAGAAAUUAAAAGACAUUCAUUUUUCUCAACAAUAGAUUGGAAUAAACUAUACAGAAGAGAAAUUCAUCCACCUUUUAAACCUGCAACUGGCAGGCCUGAAGAUACAUUCUAUUUUGAUCCUGAGUUUACUGCAAAAACUCCCAAAGAUUCACCUGGCAUUCCACCUAGUGCUAAUGCACAUCAGCUUUUUCGAGGGUUUAGUUUUGUUGCUAUUACCUCAGAUGAUGAAAGCCAAGCUAUGCAGACAGUUGGUGUCCAUUCAAUUGUUCAGCAGUUGCACAGGAACAGUAUUCAGUUUACUGAUGGAUAUGAAGUAAAAGAAGAUAUUGGAGUCGGCUCCUACUCUGUUUGCAAGAGAUGUAUACAUAAAGCCACAAACAUGGAGUUUGCAGUGAAGAUUAUUGAUAAAAGCAAGAGAGACCCAACAGAGGAAAUUGAAAUUCUUCUUCGUUAUGGACAGCAUCCAAACAUUAUUACUCUAAAGGACGUAUAUGAUGAUGGAAAGUAUGUGUAUGUCGUGACAGAACUUAUGAAAGGGGGCGAAUUGCUGGAUAAAAUUCUUAGACAGAAAUUUUUCUCUGAACGAGAGGCCAGCGCUGUCCUGUUUACUAUAACCAAGACUGUUGAAUAUCUUCAUGCACAAGGGGUGGUUCACAGAGACUUGAAACCUAGCAAUAUUCUUUAUGUGGAUGAAUCUGGCAAUCCAGAAUCUAUUCGAAUUUGUGAUUUUGGCUUUGCCAAGCAGCUGAGAGCAGAAAAUGGCCUUCUCAUGACACCUUGUUACACUGCAAAUUUUGUUGCACCAGAGGUUUUAAAACGACAAGGUUAUGAUGCUGCUUGUGACAUAUGGAGUCUUGGUGUCCUCCUCUAUACAAUGCUUACUGGUUACACUCCAUUUGCAAAUGGUCCUGAUGAUACACCAGAGGAAAUAUUGGCACGCAUCGGCAGCGGAAAAUUCUCUCUCAGUGGUGGUUACUGGAAUUCUGUUUCAGAUACAGCUAAGGACCUGGUGUCAAAGAUGCUUCACGUGGACCCUCAUCAGAGAUUGACUGCUGCCCUCGUGCUCAGACACCCUUGGAUAGUCCACUGGGACCAACUGCCGCAAUACCAACUGAACAGACAGGACGCACCACAUCUGGUCAAGGGUGCCAUGGCAGCUACAUAUUCAGCUCUAAACCGUAAUCAGUCACCAGUUUUGGAACCAGUGGGCCGCUCUACUCUUGCUCAGCGGAGAGGUAUUAAAAAAAUCACCUCCACAGCCCUGUGAAGUGACCUCAGUGAGAUAUUUGGUACCAUGGUGUAAGCUGAUAGCACAAGUUGUGGCAACAGGUAGCACAUAUCUGAGAGACACCUGCAAGCACACACUGUCCCAGCUGGUACCCAUAAUGCUGCUGCUCCUGCUGCUGCUCCUGCUUUCGUCUCUUCUCGCUUUACAUGAUUGUUAGCAAGUUAGAUUUUCCUGGAGCUUCGGAUGUGAUGAUGAUGGAAACAUGACGAAGAUAUAUUCACUGAAUCAAUAAGAAGAUUAACGAACAUACGAAUACCACCUAAAAAUACACUGAAUAAAGUACUUUACACCAUAUAGCAUUAUUUUUAUAGGAAAUAUUUCAUGUUCCUUAAAUAUUCUUUGUUAGUUAUAGGGAUGGACAGUUUAUGUUAAGCACUUAGCUUAAACAAUCCGUUUAUAUUAGCACUGUAUCCCUUGUGCCAUCCAACAUUUUGUAUGUUUUUGUAAACAGUUCAUAUACAGUACAUUUCUGUACUGCUUUCUUUAAUGUAUACAUGCCUUGUUUAACUUGGAUUCUAUUAUUAUUAAUCAGUUGACUAUUAAAUCUGGUUAAAUAGUUCACCUGUAUUAACAGUAUUGUUGGACAGCCCUAAAAAUGGCCAGAUUGUGGAACAGCUGUUGAAUGUAAUGCUUCCAAAAUGUACAUAUCUUUCCCUUUGUCUGUUUCACUGGUUCAUUCAUUCAUUUGUUACUUAAAGCCAGGUGCUCUGUCAGGCUAUCCUAGAGAGCUCUUAACAGUAGAGAAAGUUACAUGUCUGUGGCAUGACAUCAAGAGUACACCUAUGAAGUUUGUCUUUAUACUUUGCAACUCUUUAGGGUUCUUUGCUCUUAAAUUAAGGAAAUAGUUCUUACACUUUUAAUCUUCCAUAGUGUCCAUACUUAGUAUUGGCAUAUAAUUUGGAAUUUUGCCAAUAUACAUCAAAGACCUUUUGAGAGUCAUGGUGAAGAGACUGGCAAGGGAAAAUUUAGCCACAGGUCAUUUAAGUCCCAUUGGAUAUUUCAUGUUUAAAUAGAUCAAAUUGCAGAAUUUAGCAUCCGAAUAACAGGAUACCUGUUAUUGCAUACCUAUGAGAAAAGUAUGCUUUUUUUUUUUGAAAAAUGGUAAAUCAUAAUUUUUUCCCAUUACAAUGCUCUAAAUUAAACACUAACUUGAAUGUAAUAAAAGCCACUGGCCUCUAUAUAAAAUUUGAUUAAAACUUUCUUAUUUUAGGGAAUAAAACAUUGUUGAUCAAUCUCUGUGCUAACCUAAAAUCACAGCUAAGGUAGGUUAAGUGAAUGUCUAGCAUUGAGUGUUUUCUGAAAUCCUCCUAAUGAUUUAUAGCCAUGUAAUACUUCCUUUAACUUCAGAUACAAUCAGUUUUCAUGAUGGUCACUGAGUCUGCCUAGAUUACCGUACUCAUUAUAUACAUCUAAUGUGAUAGUUUCCAUAAUUUUAUUUGAUUAAAGGAAUUUCUGUAUCCAUUAUGACCUGUAUCUUUGCCAAGUUACCUAGCAUACGUCAAUAUGUAAUGUGAAAAACAGAUGAGCAAAGAAAAAGUGAUUUUACUUACCUCAUCAGGAAUAUGCCCAAACCUAUCUUCCUUAGUCAUGAACUAAGCCAUUUACAUCAGAAGUCCUUUUUCAACUUCCAGAAGCUUUAAAUCUUGCCCCUGAAAGCACAGAGCCAAGGAAGUGUGGUUUAUCUGUCUUGGAACAUACUUGUUAUUCCUUCAUUUCUUCUCUAUGCAUUUAAAGAGAAAGGGAAAAUCAAAUGUAAGUUUAUCUUCUUUAAAAAAAUGUACAAGAGGAGGGAUUUCAGAAGAUCCAGAUGGAGAAAGUUUUUUUAAAUUCUUGAAUAUAUGGAAUAUACAUAUGCUUUCUAUUGCCUGGAAAGAAAGCUUUUUUUCUUUUUUUCUUCUAUUAUUCAGUGUUUUAAACCACAGUUAUCCCAAAUCCUUGUCACUUUUAAAAUGUUAAUGUAACUCUGGGCAUAUAGUCUCAGAUUUUUGACACUGAUGCUAUUUCAUAAUUGCUUAGGUGUAUUUUCUAUCGUAAUUUUUUAGAACCAGAAGUAAAUGUGUAAAUCCUCAUAAGUUAUCUAGUCCAACUUUCUCAUACUGCAGGUAAAGAACCUGUGACUCAAAGCAAAGACUAGAAUCCUUAACUUCCCAUUCAGUGUUUUCCCCAUAACACCAUGCUGCCUUCCCUUCACGUUAUCACCCAACCAGAAGCUGAGUUGAUCAAAACUUACAUAUUUCUUGGGACACUCCUCUACUGGUAUAUGAAUGCCAAGUUUAUUGCUCCCAAAGAUACUGCUUUCUUUGCCUAGUUCAACUGCCAGUUUUAUUGGAGAGAAACAAAUUAUAUAUUUAUAAAACUGAAGGCUUUCUGCCUAAAAAGCUGUUCAUGAGCUCAAUUUUUCUUAUCUGUGGUUCUGGUGUUGCUAUUGCCUUUGACUUACAGCAGACAAACUUGGCCAACUAUGUGUUCUAACUGUAGUGCUCGUGCUGGGUUAACCUUUCCAUUAACUCAAGUCCAAAUCUUCCAGGCCUCUAAAGCUGUGGUGGUGAGGCCCUUCACCAGGUAGUGUUGCUGGUUACCAGGGCUUCUCCCAGGAGGUUUUAGUUCAGGCUUAAAGAUAAUUUCCAUGUGAAAGAAGGAACUGAAGUACCAUUAGUUCAUUCACAAACCUCCUCUUAGUUUAUAAUCCAAAAUAAUAUCCAAAAUGGUAGAUUGCAUUUAGCAUUACAGUGGGCAUACUGGAAAAUACAGGUUAUACCACCAUGUGUUUUGUAUCUUUCCUUGCAAGUGAUGAUGUUAAACUAAGGUAAGUUUUUGUCCUUUUAAUUUUUUUCUAUAAAUUAUUUCCACUUCUAAUUUAUAGAGAUGUCUUCUUUCAAAGCACAGUAGACCCUUGUCUUUAACAGAUUUGAUAUGGAUUCAUUUAGUCACAAGCAACCCCAAAAAUCCAAAAAUGUAAUCAUUUUGACAAGGCAGAGCUGAGAUGCUGUGAAGCUGCCAGCUGGGAAAAGUCACUUAGCGAGUGUCUGGAGAGGGUGUGUGUAUGGCAGAGAUUCCACAUUUCACAUGUGGGGGGCUGCAAAGAGCCGGUUUGGGUCAACCGUUUCCCAUCUAUUUUUAAAAAGUGGUUGCUGUUGGGGCCAAGGCACAUCAUGGGAGGUGGGAUUGGCUUGGUAGCUGUGCCCUGCACUCUUGGCCCAGGAAAGACUUGAAGGGGGAGAGGGGUGCAAAGGCUUCACAAGUAGGCAUAGUAGUUUGGGUAGGAAAGGGGCUGGGGUCCAGCCUGGGAUGAAAGCAGAAAAACAUUCAAGAUUUGGCAGCCUUGGUAUAGACAUGCUUAAUCACCAUGGAAGCCAGCAAUACACAUCUCAACAUGGCUUUGAUAUUCUCUACUUCCUGGCCUUUAUAAAUGUCCUAAAAAUUUUCAGUUUACUAUAUUUUAUAAAGAAAAUCCUCUUAUGAUGAUAUCAAGCAUUUAACAUUUAUGAAGACGUUAGGACAGAUAUCUCAGGAAUGUGAAGGUCAGAAAAGGUUUGUUUUCUUUCCCUGGUUUGUGUGGCUCAGUAGAUUGAGUGCUGACCUGUGAACCAAAGGGUUGCCAGUUCAAUUCCCAAUCAGGGCACAGGACUGGGUUGCCGGCCAGGUCCCCAAUAGGGGGUACACAAGAGGCAACCACACAUAGAUGUUUCUCUCCCUCUCUUUCUUCCUCCCUUUCCCUCUCUCUAAAAAUAAAUAAAUAAAACCUUAAAGCCAGGGUUGCAAACUGGUGGCUCAGACCUGAAUCCUGAAAAAGUUUUAGGAAAAAGAAAAGGUCUGUUUUCUCUAUCACAUAUGGGUUUCAUGACUGACCCUUGGUGCUUAAACCAGGAGGUUUCAAUCUAGUCCCAGAGUUCUGUCCCUCUGAAAGGUCCAACUCCAUGUGACUAACAAACUGGAUGUAUAUUUUGAGCCUUAUUUAAUUCACAGAGAGGUUGACUUAACUCAGUAUUUUUAUUUCAGUAAAUGAAAAUAGUCCUCUUUUCACCUCCAGAUUGCUUAACAUUUUGCUGGUCUCCCCAAGUGACCAUUGGUGGGGACCAAUUAAUGAAGGAAUGAAAUUCGCUUUCUUGGGACUGUGGUAUUCUGAAGAGCCAUGCUUAACCACUUUUUCUAGUGAAGAAUCUACAGAAUGAUAAUACCUAAAUAUGGAUGGCCAAGAAGAGUUUGUUAUCUACAGUGUGCUUUAUGUAUUUUUGACACUGCUGUAUUCUAUGUGAUCGAGUGACUUGUAACUGGUUCCAAUGUGAGUGUCCUCAAAGAAUUCUAGUAAUGAAGUUGACUUAAUUCUCUUAAGCCUUGUAUUACUAUUAGUCUCACAUUUACCACUGAUUCCAGUCUAUUAACUGUUCAUAACAGGGCAUACCAAGGGUUGGGAUAAGAGCCUACUUCCUACCUCUUAAGGCACUUUCCUCAUUAUUUUUCCAUGUAACCUUGAAGUGCAUGAUAAGCUGUUGAAAUGUCCAUGACUUCUCCCAAUGCAACUAGCAAAGUAUAUGACAUUGAAUAGAGAUUAGUGGAAAGGAAAAUUUAGAGACUAAGUUCAGAAGCGCAAACCUCAAGAAAACCUCUUUUAGAGCACAUACCAUUUGAGUACAAUAUACAUAAAUGUAUGUGAGAAGAGAGUUGCUGUAAUAGUCCUCAAAGUAGAUUAGUUCAUUAUCUAAAGGAAGUGAAAAUCUUUACUCCUAUUAUCACUAUAGUACUGAAUGAACUGUAUACUGGGUUUUUCAAACAAGUAUUUAAAAUAGAACUUUUAAAUACAAAGCAAGGGCAUAAGGAUAAAGGUUUGAGUUUGUGUUUUUCUAUAUUGUUUCAUCUAAAGCUUUGUUUCUUAAUCAAAAAAUGCUUCAAGGUAUCGCCAUUUCUUAGCAUCCUUAAUAAUUAUGGGUGAUGAGUUUUUAAUUCUUAAAAUUAUGUACAUGUAUUAGGUUUAUCUUAACUCUUACCCUACAGAAGGGAAAGUAUCUGGUAUACACCUACGGGAUGUAAUUAUUUUGCAUUUUUAGCCAUGGGUGGGAAUGGGGUGGGCAUCUACUUAAACAGUUUUUAAAAAAGAAAAAAAUCACAAAUAUUUUUCUACUAUUAUAUAUGAUCUUACUUUAUACUAGUUUCUCUCUAGUAAGGCAUGCCAGAAGCCCAAGCUAUCAUAUCAUCAGUUCACCUGUAUUGUACCUUUUAUUGGUGGUUAAAUUGCAUCAGAUGCUUGGCACUGCUGCCGUAAUUAUGAAAUGCUUAUAAAGGAUUAAAUAUCACUGAGUACUUUAAAUUGUUUUACUUAAGAGUCUAAUAUGGGAAGUUUUCAAAUAAUACUAUUAAUGUGUAAUCUAAGCUCUUUCAUAUGUAUCCAUGAAUAAUCCUGGAACAAUAUUGCUUGUAUUCCUGUCACAGAACAGGUUUUGUAAUCUUUAAAAGAAAUGAAAAUUUAUAUAAUAAAGUUUCAAAUAAAUGCA